GUGAAGUGUGUCCAUUUGCAUGUAUGAUUUAACAUUUGUAAAAUAGUACAUUGUAUUUUCAAGAACAGAGAAGUUGAGUAGAGAAGAUGGGAUUGUUGACAAACAGAGUUGAGAGAAGUGAGAUCAAAGCAGGAGAUCAUAUUUACACUUACAGAGCUGUUUUUGCUUAUUCCCACCAUGGUAUUUUUGUUGGUGGAAGCAAAGUGGUCCAUUUUAACCGUGUCGAGACCUCUGCCUCUUCUGAUGUUGCUGAGGAAAUAUCAGACCUUUCUUCUUCAUGUCCAACUUUUCCUGACUGUGGAUUUAAGCUACCUAACAGUGGCGUCGUUCUAUCAUGUCUGGAUUGCUUUCUCCGUAAUGGUUCACUCUAUAUCUUCGAGUAUGGAGUAAGCCCAUCCGUUUUUCUUACCAAAGUGCGAGGAGGCACUUGCACUACUGCAGCGUCUGACCCUCCAGAGAUGGUCAUACACCGAGCAAUGUAUCUUCUUCAAAAUGGAUUUGGGAACUAUGAUGUGUUCCAAAACAAUUGUGAGGACUUUGCACUAUAUUGCAAAACAGGUCUUGUGACAGUUGAUAGACUCGGUGUUGGAAGUAGCGGACAAGCUUCUUCUGUCGUUGGCGCUCCUUUAGCCGCGCUUCUUUCCUCCCCUCUGAAGUUGCUAAUUCCUAGUCCUGUUGGUGUUGCCACAGUAACAGCAGGAAUGUAUUGUAUGAGCAGAUACGCGACUGACAUUGGUGUUCGAAGUGAUGUUGUCAAAGUAGCAGUUGAAGAACUUGCAGUUAAACUUGGCUGCACAAGCAGCAAUGAUAUUGUACAACAUGAGGCUUAUAAUAGGGGAACUGCGAGCUGAUAUCAGUCUCAUUGUCUAACAUUUAAGGUAUUCUUGAUAUUGUAUCACUUUAUAUUAAAGUUAGAAUUUGUGUAACAUAUAAAUAAUGUGUAGUUCUCUUAUCAUACAUACUGUCCACAAACUGCUCGUUGGUUAUUUAUGUGUAAAAGGUAAUG